AUGACGGAACGUCCAGCUAAACGUCGCCGUGUUGAACUCUCGCUCAAUGAUAAACUCAAAAUAAUUAAAAUUUUAGAAAGUGUACCUAAACCAACGUUAAGAUCUUUGAGUGAAAAGUUUAGUAUUGGCAAAUCAACAGUUGGAGAUAUCAUCAAAAAACGAGAGGUUUAUAAGGCAGAGUUUGAAAAGAAUAUUAGCGAUAAUAAACGGUGGUUUAAUAACGCAUGUAAAUUUGAUAAGCUCAAUGAACUGGUAUGGCAGUGGUUCUGUCAAGCUUGCGCUAAAAACAUCCCGAUUUCUAGUCCCAUCAUCCAAGAGAAGGCCCGUGAAUUUGCCAAAGAACUUGCAGCUGCAGAUUUCAAGGGCUCGAAUGGCUGGCUGGACAGGUGGAAGUGCAGGUAUUCUGUGAAAUGUUUCCAGGUCAGUGGUGAGAGUGCUGGAGUGGACGUGGCGGUGGUGGAAGACUACAAAGCCAGAAUCCCGGAUGUUGUUAGCGGCUACGCACCAAAAGACGUGUUUAACUGUGAUGAAACAGGCCUGUAUUUCCGCGCUCUACCAACCAAAACCCUCUCGGUGAAGGGCGAAUCGUCUAAAGGAUGCAAGUCGUCGAAAGAACGAGUGACUGUUAUGUUUGCUUGCAGUGCAACGGGAGAGAAAUUGAAGGCGCUGGUUAUUGGAAAAUCACAGAAACCUCGAUGCUUCAAGAAUGUAAACGUAGAUACAUUACCUGUUACGUAUGUUGCCAACAAAAAGGCGUGGAUGACCAUCGCAUUAUUCACGGCAUGGAUAACAAGUGUUAAUAAAAUAAUGAGACAACAGAAACGGAAAAUAAUCAUGCCGUUAGACAAUGCGACGUCACAUGGGCCAAACCUUGAACUUAGCAAUGUUACUUUGAAAUAUCUACCCGCGAACACAACUUCACACCUUCAGCCUCUUGACCAGGGGAUUAUUCGCGCCUUUAAAGCCAGGUACCGCCGACACAUGCCCCGUUAUCUUGUGACGAGGAUUGACGUUGUCGGGAAUGCACCUGACCUGUGUAAACAGCUGACACUGCUGGACGCUAUUCACUGGAUUUCACGGGCUUGGAACGAAACGAAGCCGAGUACGAUCAGCAAGUGUUUCUCCGUCGCUGGUCUCUCGCCGACCGACGAAUCGGUGCUUGAAGACGAUGACGACGACGACAUUCCGUUAUUACGACUAGCACGCGAACUCGUCACUGCCGACGUGGACACUGACAUCUUGACCAGCUUCGACGAUGACGUGCCGAUUGAAGACUGCACAAACGAGUGGGAGAGAGAACUAGUGGCCAACUUCCGUGGGGACGAAAUACCCAAUGACGGAAGCGACAACGAAUCCGAACAAGAUGUAUCUGUUCCGGGAAACGAUCUCAGCUAUCCUUACGUGUUGAACAUGCUUCAGAUUUUAAAGGACUAUGCAAUACAGAAAGAUGAACGUUUCCUAUUGCAUGUACAGGAAUUAGAAAAUUUAACGCAGGCAACCAUUGUUAUACACAGAUGUGAAAGACAAUAG